UCUUUAUGUUUGCGUAAAGAUGAAUUCAGUAGCAGUUCAAGAUAAUAAUGAAAUUAUUAGUAACAACAAGUCGAUAAAGAGGAAUCGCGAUAGCAGCAAGCAUCCAGUUUUUAGAGGAGUUCGAAUGAGGAAUUGGGGAAAAUGGGUGUCAGAAAUUCGCGAGCCACGUAAGAAAUCACGUAUUUGGCUUGGGACUUUUCCAAAUCCAGAAAUGGCAGCUAGAGCUCAUGACGUGGCAGCGUUAAGCAUAAAAGGUAAUUCAGCUAUACUCAACUUUCCUCAACUAGCCGGUUUGCUUCCUAGACCGGCUACACUUAGCCCGCGUGACAUUCAAGCAGCCGCAGCAAAAGCCGCAGCUAUGGACAAGUUUGAUACUAAUAACAAUAAUAAUAAUGAUAUUGAUAUUGGUAUUACUUCUCCGAAUAAUUCAACUUCAUCUUUAUCAUCGCUGGUAUCUGCAAUAGAUUUGGCGACAUCAGAAGAAUUGACGCAAAUAAUUGAGUUGCCGAGACUAGGAACAUCUUUUUUCGGGGAUGAAUUGAAGAAUGAUUUUGUUUUUGCCGACUGUUCCGCUAUGGAAACAGGUUGGUUAUAUCCUGAAGAUGGGGGAAUGAUUUCUAGCUGUUUUGAGCCUUCUUUGUUAUGGAAUUACUAAUUAUAACUAUUUAAUUAAGUGUCUGGUGGAAUCGGAACUUGUGGAAACCCCCCUGGUCGAACAAGUAAAAAUCUUCUUCAGGAAUUUGUGUGGACUAUGGAUUUUUCUUUUCUUUUUUUGGUGGUUGUAUAAAAGAAUGUUUUAGCCUUUUCUUCAAUUUUUCUGUAGAGGGGCUAAAAAGACUUUUCAUUCCCUUUUUGUGUAACUUUCUGUAUUUCUACUUCUUUUUUAAAUAAAUAAAUCUAACUGUACAGUGUUAGGAAGGGAA